AUGAAUAAAACCAAAUUAAUUAAAAUUAUAUUUGUUAUUGGAGUAUGGAUUUUGUUAUCAACUUUUAUUAUCAAUAUUUAUAAUGAAAAUUUUGAAAUAGUAAAUUAUAAUAAUAAUUCUCAAAGUUUAAAAAAGAUAUUCCAAUUAAAUGGAGAUUUAAAAGAUGAAAAAUUAUCUAUAUUUUUAAUACCCCAUUCUCAUUGUGAUAGUGGUUGGUUACAAGAUUAUGACUGGUAUUAUAAUCAUGUUGUUCAAUAUAUUUUAUCAGGUAUUGUGAAUGAAUUAAAUUUAGAUAAAGAAAAGAAAUUUAAUUGGGUAGAAAUUGGUGGAUGGGUACAAAAUGAUGAAGCAACAGCAACAAUUGAUGAUGUUAUAACACAAAUGACACAAGGCCAUCAAUGGUUAAAAGAUACACUUAACUAUACAAUAGAAUAUGCAUGGCAAAUCGAUCCAUUUGGAUAUUCAUCAUCAACACCAACCAUUUUUUCAAGUAUGGGUAUAAAAGGAUUAAUUAUUAAUCGUGUUUCAGAUGAUGUUAAAUCUUAUAUGAAAUCAGCCAAAGAAAUGGAAUUCAUAUGGAAAGGUUCAGAAUCAUUAGGAGAACAAUCACAAAUGUUAGUUUCCACAUUAAAUGUUCAUUAUGAUUAUCCAAAGCAUAUUGACCCAAAGAAAGAUUUUUCAUUAGAAGAGCGUGUUAAAGGAUUCACUAAAUAUAUUAAAGAUUUAUCAAAUACCAGAGAAUCAAGCAUACUAAUGAUUCCAUUGGGUGAUGAUUUCAGAUAUUCAAAUGCAAAAAAUGAAUUUUCAGUUUCAAAAGAAUGGUUAAAAGUUAUUCAAGAUAAUAAAGAAAAGUAUAAUAUAAAAGAAAUUAAAUAUGCAACAAUAGAUGAAUAUUUCAUUGCUUUAGAGGACGAAUUUAUGAAUAAACUUGGUAAAACUGUAGAGGAGAAUUUAAAGACAGGUUUUUCAUCAACAUUAUCAUUAUAUAAUAAAGAUUUCUUUCCAUAUUCAACUGGUGAUUUAGAAUAUUGGACAGGAUAUUAUACAACAAGACCAUUGUUAAAAAGAUUGAUUAGAGAAUCAAGUCUUUUACAAAAAUCAUCAGAUAUAUUAUACACUUUAGCAAUUGGCGAAAAUUCAAAUAAUCAAAUCGAUAUUAAUAAUUUACAAACGUUAUCAAAUCAAUUAAAUGAAAAUAGAAAUACAAUAGCAUUGGUUCAACAUCAUGAUAUUGUUACAGGUACUUCAAGAUCAUUUGUUUUAAAUGAUAAUUUCCAAAGAUUACAAAAAUCAAGAAUUUCAAAUUAUAAUAUCAUUUCAAAUUCUUUAGAAUAUUUAUUAAAUAAAGAUAAUAAUAAUAAUGAAAAUACAGACAGUACAAAUGAACCAUUCAAUUUUGAAAAUGUAAUAGAUUUAUCAAAUGAAAUAAAUAAUCAAUAUUCAUUAGUAUUCCACAAUACAUUAGGUUGGGAAGUUAACCAACAUGUUUCAUUUAGAAUAAAAGUUAAUAAAAAUGAUAAUCAAUUAUUAGAAUCAAUUCAAUUGGUUGAAGCUAUAUCAAAUAAAACAAUUCAAAUUCAAAUAAUACCAAUUCAAGAUGAUUCAAAUUGUCAAUCAAUUGAAAAUAAUUAUAUUGUAUUUGCAAUUAUUAAUUUACCACCAUUAGGUUUAAAUACUUAUUAUCUAAGUAUUUCUAGUAAUGAAGAUUCAAAACCAAAUACCAUUUUAUCAAAACCAAAACUAUUGAAAAAAGGAAAUGAAAUUAAUUUUAAUAAUAAUAGAUUCAAAGUAGAAUUCGAAUCAAAUGGUUUAAUAAGUAAAAUAACUGAUAAAAAUUCAAAUGAAAUUAAAACAAUCGAACAAACAUUCCAUCAAUAUUCAACUAAAAAGAGUGGUCCAUACAUUUUCAAUGUUAAAGGUGGUAAAAAACACGGAUUCUUAGAGAACCCUGAUAAAUUCAUCUACCACGAUGGCCCAUUAGUAUCUCAAUUAACAAUGUUAUAUGGUGUAGAUGAUGGUUGCAAUGUAACAUCGAUUGUAGUUCAAAGAAUUUAUAAAAACAAUGAAAUCGAUAAUAGUAAUAGCAAAUCAUUAAUCACAGAGAAUUACAUUGAAACUGGUUAUUCAAUUAACGGUGAUAUGAAUAGAGAAACAACAAUCAAUUAUAAAGUAAAAGAUCUUGAAAAUGAUGAUAUAUUUUAUACUGAUAAUGGUUUAGAAUCUAGAAAAAGAAUUUACAAUCAUGAUAGAACUGUCAAUCAAAAUUAUUACCCAGUUUUAGGUUAUAUAAAAUUAAAAGAAACCUCAGAAAAUAAUAAUCAUCAAUAUACAGUUUAUGUAGAUAGAUCAGUUGGCGCAACAUCACCAUCAGAUGGCGAAAUGGAAAUUAUGAUUCAUAGAACUAUGGAUACUGAUGAUUGGAAAGGAGUAAAUUGGCCAAGUAAAGAUAUUGGAAGAAGUGAUGCUAAAUUAUACUUUAAUAUGGAUUUGGUUAAUAAUCAAUUACAAAAUGAAAAAAGAAUAAGUUUACAUAUUACAAAUCAACCAAUUAUGUUUGUCAAAAAACACAAUAAUCAAACUGGUUAUUUAUUAAAAUAUUCACCAUUAUCAAAUCAAUUACCUUCAAAUAUUCAUUUACAAUCAUUAUUAACAUUAAAAAACAAUACAGUCGGUUUAAGAUUAUUCAAUAUUCAUGAAGUUGAUUCAAAUACUCAAUCUACUACUGAUACCGAUAAAUCAACAUUAUUUAACGAAUUAGAAAUAUCAAACUUUAUUGAAACUGGUUUAUCUUUUUUAAAAUUAACAAAAAAUAAUUUAAUUGAUAAAUAUUCAACAAGAAUAAAUAAAAAAUUCCCAGUCAAAUGUGGUGAAUCAGAAUAUUCAUUUAUAAAUGAAAAACCAUCAUCAAUUAUUUUCUCAAAUAAUGGAACAAAUAAUAUUAUUGAUGGUGAGAAUAAAGGUGAAAACAACAAAACAAUUGAAACUAUUCAAAUUAAACCUCAUGAAAUUAAAUCAUUUACUUUUAAUUUUAAUUUCCAAUUAGAUCAAAUCAUACCUAAUAAUAAUAAUUAUGCUAUAAAUAAAGAAUUGAAUAAUGAAUAUAUUGAACAAUCAAUUGAAAAUCAGAGAUAUGAAUAUGAUUUUUCAUUUUUCCCAAUCAAGCCAACAUUUUAUGAUGACAGAGGAAAAUAUAAUAGACCAAACCAUUUAGCAUUAAUACUUUCAUUGUCAAUAGGAACUCCAGCUGGUAUUUUAAUAAUAGUUAUAGCCUUGGUUGUUAUUUAUAAAAAGAGAAAAAAUAGAAAAACUUUAACAUCUUCAUAUUCUUUAUUAAAUUUAAUUCUAAAAGAUCGAGCCGAUUCUUCUCCUUAA